AUGCAAACAACACCAACAAAUACGUCCGCUCCAGCAUUACCAAAAGCAAGAUUUAAUUGGAUAUUUUCGGCCGAUAAAUUUACUUCAACACCAUCAAAUCGUAAUGGAAUACCACCUGAAGAAGAAUUAGCUUUAAGACAACACGCAGCUGUCUUUAUUUAUGAAUUAGGUACAAAUUUAAAAGUACCACAUUAUUGUAUUAAUACAGCUGUUGUUUAUAUGCAUCGUUUUUAUAUGAUUAAUUCAUUUCAAAGAUUUACACGUCAAAGAAUAUGUGCGGCUUCAUUGUUUCUUGCAUGUAAAGUCGAAGAAUUUCCUCGUACAUUACGGGAUGUUAUUGAGAAUACAGGAAAAGUAUUACGAAGAAAAAAAGCUGAAGAACUUACAAAAGAAAUGAUUGAACAAUAUGCUGAUGAUAUUGUUUUACAUGAAAAUAUUCUCCUUUCGACAUUAGGAUUUUCAUUAAUGGUUGAUCAUCCACAUUCAAUUAUUAUUAAAACAAUUCAAGCACUUGGAAGUCAAAUACAGUCGUUACCAGAAAAAACACCUCGUGAGCUUGCUCAAACGGCUUAUUAUUUAGCAACAAAAAGUAUUUUAUUGACAUCAUUUUGUGUCAAAUAUCCACCUGAUCUUAUUGCCUGUUUUUGUAUACAUUUGGCUGCUGCUUGGCUUAAAAUUGAAAUUCCAUCGCCAGCACCAGUAACAACACCUCGGAAUGGAUCUGAUGGCACAGUAACAGAAAAUACAUCAAAUAAACGUUGGUUUCAUCUUGUUAAUGAAUCAUUUACUGAAAAACAACUUGGAGAUCUUGCUGAUGAAUUUCUUGCUAUAUAUGAAAAAUGUCCAGAUAAAAUUAAACGAAAACUUGUUUAUCAAAAUGAAAGACAACCACAAGCAGGAUCAAAUGAUGGUACACCAUCAUCUCAGCACCAUCCAUCAGCAAGUAAUAUUCCACCACGUGUACCAGAUAUAUAUGAUAGUGUUGUACCACAAGGUUCUAUACGUGAUAGAAUUGAACAUAGACAAAACCAAACAUCAUUACAAACAAAUCGACCUACUGGUCAACCACCACAACCACCAUCAACACAACUUCCUCCUCAAUCUCAAUCAUCAUCUAUGCCUAUAAAACGAGAACCAUCAGUAGCUCCACCAUUUUCAUCAUCAAAUCGUCCACCAAUGCCACCACAUAAUGCAUCGUCAUCAACAACAUCUCGACCUCCAUCAUUUCAACAUCCACCAACUGCUCAUUAUCCAGCUCAUCAUGCAAAUAAUAAUUACAAUCAACAUUCUCGUUAUCCACCACAACAAGCACGACCUGGACCACAACCACCAGCAACACAUCCAAAUCGAUCAUCACAACAACCACCACCACUUCCACCUGUUCAACAUAAUGUUGAUCGUAAACCUCCACCACCUUCUAAUCCAUAUGAUCAUCCUGCACCACCGCCACCAUCAGCAUCAGCAUCUGCAGCAAAUCGACCACCAUAUGGUUCACAACAACGCAGUAGUCAUUAUAAUAAUGUUCCACCACCAUCGAAUCCUUAUCCUCAACAACCACCUUAUGGUCUUAAUCAUCCACCAUCAUUAAUGCAACUUGGUGGUGAAAAACGUCCUUAUGAUCCAGCAUUUGAUUCUAAUAAUGCUAAUAAACGACCUCGACCAUCAUCUGCGUCAUCAUCAUCAUCUCAACCAUGGAAUAAUAAAUAA